UGAGCCGUGCUCCAUGGAAGUUGGCUGACCAAGGGGACUGAUGGUGCUGGGUUUCUCUCCACUCUCUUCCAUCUUUGGAACAAGCUGGGGCAGGGUCAAAGGUCCUGCCGCAUGUGAUGAAAGUGUCUGCUCUCAGGGAAGGCACAGCCAUGGCUUCCCCGCCACCCCGGGAGAUGGAGGAGGAGCUGGCAUCUGCUGGCUCUGAGCCAGGUGACCCUCGGGCCAAACCCCCCGUCAAGCCCAAACCUCGGGCCCUGCCUGCCAAGCCAGCCCUGCCUGCCAAGCCUGGCCUGCUGGUGUCUGUCGGGCCUCGGCCCCCCCGGGGUCCUCUGGCCGAGCUACCUUCUGCCCGGAAGAUGAACAUGCUGGCAGGACCCCAGCCCUAUGGUGGCAGCAAGCGUCCUCUUCCCUUUGCUCCAAGACCAACGGCCGAGACCUCUACAGGAGGAGAGCCCACCCGGGAGCCUGGGAAAGAGGACUCUGGGAAAGAAGAGAUGCCAAUCUUGACGCCUCCGGCUCGCUGUGCUGCCCCGGGGGGCGUGCGGAAGGCCCCUGCCCCCUUCCGUCCCUCCUCAGAGCGCUUUGCAGCCACCACAGUGGAAGAGAUCCUUGCCAAGAUGGAGCAGCCCCGGAAGGAGGUCCCCGCCAGCCCUGACCGCCUCUGGGGCUCCCGCCUCACCUUUAACCACGAUGGGAGCUCAAGAUACGGUCCCAGGACCUAUGGCGUCGCUGCUGCUCCCAUGGAUGAGGAUGGUGGGACCUUCUCCAGGGGAUGGUCCCAGGAGGGGGCUUCAAAAUCUCCCACGGAGUGCCCAGAAGAGCACAGCCAGACCCCCAAGGAGAGGAGCCCCCCUUUGGAGCGGACCUUCAACGGGGACCUGGCUCAGCCUGCCAGCUCUGAGGUACCUACUGAUGUUUCCAAGCCCUGGGUCCCCUCCAGUCCAGGCCCCGCCUCAGAGAAUGGAGGGUCCACCAGCCCAGGCCUUCCUGCCGAAGCCUCAGGCCCAGCCCCCGGCUCUCCCAGGCUUCACUCACCCGACGAGAGCUCUCCCCCCUGCUCUCAUCUUCCAGAAGUCCAGAGUCCUUCAGCUUCCGGGCCUUCUCCCUGCCUCCCUGUGGCUCCAUCAUCCCCAACUGUGGCCCUGCCCGACGAAGGCUCCUGCCGUGCCCCUAGCCCAGAGCUCCCUGCUAGGGGAGCUCCAGAGACCCCCAGACCCGGCAGCCCCCCUGUGGAGAAGUUCUCGGGGCGCCACAGCCCAGAGCAGCCUCUAGUCACCUUGUCUGGGCCCCUGAUGGAGAGGGGUGAGUUGCUUGAUCCCGAUCGGACGUUUCCAUCCAGCGAGGAGGUGGCCAGGGGCAAUGCAGACCUCCGCCCCACCAGCCUGGCUCAGCGCCGAUUUUCUGAAGGGGUGCUCCAGCCGCCUGGCCAAGACCAGGAGAAGCUGGGGGGCUCACUGGCCCACCUGCCACAGACCCAGGGGAGCCAGUCAGCCCUGGAUCAUCCCUUUGAGAGUGGAUCAGGGUCCAACUGGAGCUUGUCACAGUCCUUUGAAUGGACCUUCCCCACUCGGCCAGGGGUAUGGCGGCUGGACUCCCCGCCCCCCUCCCCCAUCACUGAAGCCACUGAGGCUGCUGAAGCCGAGGCUGCUGGAGCCGGGGCCACCGAGGCUCCUGACUGGGCUGCAUCCAGCAGAGAGGGAGUGUCCCAGCAGAGGCAAGGGGCCUGGUCAGCCCCAGAGGGACCAGGAAGACCUGGUUCCGGGGUGCAGACAGAUGAUUCGGACAUCUUCCUAAGCCAAAAAGGUGAUGGGGAGAGUCAGCCUCCAUUUUCAGCUGUUCCCCUCGAGCCUCUGCCAACAACAGGGGGCCCACCUGAACCGGCCUUGCUACAGGCAGAGGAGAGAGACGAGGAGCAGGAGCCCCUGGCCGGACAGGAGUCCCUGCUCCCUCCGGCCACCAGGGAGGCCGCCCUACCCGUCCUGGAGCCAGUCCUGGGGCAGCAGCAGCCAGCACCCCCUGAUCAGCCCUGUGUCCUCUUUGCUGAUACCCCUGACCCUGGGCAGGCACUGCCUGCUGAGGAGGGGGCUUUGACCCUGGCCCGGGCGGAGACUACGCAACCCAGGACAGAGGCUCAAGUUGACCCCUGCAGCAGCUCCCGCUGGCUCGAUGACCUCCUGGCUUCACCACCACCUAAUGCCGGCAGCGCACGGCGGGGAGCUGGAUCUGAGCUGAAGGACACACAGACCCCAAGUGCCUGCUCUGAGGGACUUCUUGGCUGGGCCCAGAAAGAUCUGCAGAGUGAAUUUGGGAUUGCAGCAGACCCACAGCCCAGCAACUUUAGCCCUUCCAGCUGGUGCCAAGACACUUCUCAGGAUUAUGGCCUUGGGGGUGCGAGCCCUAGAGGGGACCCGGGCCUUGGAGAGAGGGACUGGUCCAGCCAGUGUGGGCAAGGAGUGGGAGAAGGGAGCACUGGGGAGUGGGCCAGCAGGCGAGGCAUCGGCCGGGAGGACGUGGAGGCCGGCAGCCCGGAUGGGAGCGUGGUGUCCACCCCAGGGGGCCUUGCAGCCCAGGACCGGGUGAUUGGAAAGCCAGCCCUGCUGGGCACUCAGCAGAGCCAGGAGGCAGGUGCUCAGGACUGGGAGUGCAGAAAGAGGGAUUCCCAGGCCGCUUUCUCCAGCCGCGACGCGGAACUCCAGGACCAGGAAUUUGGGAAGAGAGAUUCGCUGGGUUCUUACAGCAGUCGGGAUGCGAGCCUUCAGGACUGGGAGUUUGAGAAGAGAGAUUCUUUGGGGACUUACGCCAGACCGGAGGCCGAUAAGCAGAGCCAGGAAGUGGGGAAGGACCAUCUUGGCAGGUACAGCAGCCAGGAUGCCGAUGAGCAGGACCAGGAGUUUGGGAAGAGGGAUUCGUCGCUCGGCACCUAUGGCAGCCGGGGUCCUGAGCAGCUGGACCAGGAUUUCGGGAAGAGUGCCUGGAUGAGGGACUACAGCAGUCGUGGCAGCUCCGUGGCUCUGGGCCCCCAGGACAGAGGCUUCGGGACAGGAGCCCUGAGCGCCAGGUUCAGCCCUGAGGAAGCCCAACAGCAGGAUGAGGAGUUUGGGAAGAUGAUUCCGAGUGCAGGAGACAGCCUGGGUGAAGCCAGCAGGGAUGCAGGCCGGCCAGAGGAGAUAGCAUCGGGGGGCCUGUUCAGCCCCAGCAGCCCCCAGGUGCAGGAUGGGGCGCUGGGACAGAGGGACCAGGGCAGCUGGCAGGACAGCGGUGCCAGCCAGGAGGUGGGAGGGCUGCAGGAGAGUCGCCAGGCAGGGGGCCAGAGCCCGGGCGAAGCUGACCUGGAAGAACGGGAAGUAGGGCAGCGAGGCUGGCCUGGCGACUUCAGCCUCAGUGUUGUGCCCCAGCCAGAGGCGGCCUUCAGCCCAGGGCAGCGAGACUGGAGUGGAGACUUCUGCGUGGAGGCUACCGAGAGGAGCUAUCAGUUUGGCAUUAUUGGCAAUGACCGAGUGAGCGGUGCUGGCCUGAGCCCUUCCGGCAAGAUGGGAGGUGGCCACUUUCCGUCUCCCGAACAGACCUCAGCUGGGCCCUUGGACUGGGCUGACCAGCUAGGCCUCAGGAACUUGGAAGUGUCCAGUUGCGUGGGUUCCGGGGGUCCAAGUGAGGCGAGGGAGGAUGCCGUGGGACAGAUGGGCUGGUCCGACAACCUGGGCCUGAGAGACAUGGACCUGACCAGCCAUUUGGAGACUGAGGGGUCUGAGGAGCCGAGGGUGAUAGGAGUUGGGGAGAAAGACUGGACUUCUGAUGUUGGGGUGAGGGGCAGAGAUUUGGCUGGGGUGGGGGAGGUAGAAGGCCACAGCCAGGCCAGGGAGAGUGGCGUGGGGCAGACCGACUGGUCAGGUGUGGAGGCUGGAGAGUUCCUUAAAUCAAGGGAGCGUGGGGUGGGCCAGGCAGACUGGACGCCAGACCUCGGUCUGAGGAACAUGGCUGUGGGGGCAGGUAGCAGCUCCAGAGAGCUGGGGGUGGGCCAGGUAGACUGGGGCAACGACCUGGGCCUGAGGAAUUUGGAGGUGCCAUGUGACUCAGAGACUGGAGCUUCUCGGGAGCCGCGGGGUUGUGGAGUGGGGCAGAUGGACUGGGCCCAGGACCCGGGGCCCCGGAGUAUGGAGCCCUCCGGGGCCCCAAGCGGAGCCAGGGAGCACGGGGUGGGAGAAGUCAGCCAGUGCCCAGAGCUAGGCCUCAGGGACACUGGCCUGUUGUGCCCUGGCCUGGAGACCGGAGACCCCAUGGAGGCCAGGGAGCUGGGGGUUGGCGAGACAAGUGGGCCAGAGAUCCAAGGUGAAGAUGACACCUCACCUUCCUUGGAGUCCUGCCCCGAAGACCCCAGAAUGGAGACAGGAGAAGCCCCCGGAGCCAGCCCUGGUGGAUGCCAGGCCCGCUCGCCCCCCUCUGGCUCCCAGGGCCUGCUGGAGGAGAUGCUGGCUGUCAGCAGCUCCAAGGCAGCGGCCCGGAGGGAGUCGGCAGCUUCAGGCCUGAGGAGUCUGUCGGAAGAGGAAGGAACCCUGGCAGCGGAUGACCAAGGGGAGCCCCUGGAGCCCGCCAGGGGCCGUCUGCCCUCCUGGAGGCCCCAGCCUGAUGGUGAAGCCAGCCGGACAGAAGAGGUGGACGGCACCUGGGGCCCUGCAGGGGCCGGGCGGGGCGACCAGGGCCCCGUGCGCCCUCCUCGGCGGCCCCCCCAAGGCCCUCCCCCCAGCUCCCCGAGUCAAGACUUCUCCUUCAUCGAGGACACUGAGGUCCUCGACAGUGCCAUGUAUCGGAGCCGUGCCAACCUGGGGCGCAAGCGUGGGCACCGGGCCCCGGCGAUCCGGCCCGGCGGUACCCUGGGCCUGUCGGAGGUGGCAGACUCGGACGCACGCCUGUUCCAGGACUCCACCGAGCCACGAGCUUCUCGGGUGCCAUCUUCAGACGAGGAGGUGGUGGAGGAGCCUCAGAACCGCCGGACCCGGAUGUCCUUGGGCACCAAGGGGCUGAAAGUCAACCUCUUCCCUGGCCUGAGCCCAUCAGCCCUGAAGGCCAAGCUGCGCCCCCGGAACCGCUCAGCUGAGGAGGGGGAGCCGGUGGACAGCAAGACAAGCCAGAAGGAGUCCUUGGUCCAGCGCUCCAAGUCCUGCAAGGUCCCGGGGCUGGGGAAGCCCCUUGUGUUACCUCCCAAGCCAGAAAAAUCCUCAGGGUCAGAAGGAUCGUCGCCCAACUGGCUACAAGCCCUGAAGCUGAAGAAGAAGAAGGUCUAAGAAGUCACUGACGUCCUUCCCAUCUGGCGGUCUCAGGCAGUGCCUGUUCCUGUGGGGUCCCCGGCGAGGAGGUGGCUGGAGUUCCCCAUGUCCCAGGCUGCAGCCUCUGUUCCCCUCCAUCUCUGAGGAGCAUCUGGGGAGGCACAUUUAUGCACUUUGUAUCACCUGCCCAACUUUCCCCCACACCUUUCCUUCUGGCCUGGAUUCCGGCCUGGAUUCUGUUGAUAGUGGUCCAAGGUUCUGGUCCUCCUUCUCUGCGCUGUUUACCCACCUCCCUCCUGCUUCCUUCUCCAGCCUCCUGUGGGUUUUCUUUUGAUACCAAUUUAUAGCAUUUUUUAUAAAAGCCUUUGAUUUUUGUAAUGGGUGGAGCCCAGCCCCACCCCAGGUCUCCUUCCGCCCUGCCAGGUGCCCCACAGAGACCAAUAACAUUUUGCCACUUGAAACAAUAAAGUU